AUGUUUUUCCUCUUUCUUCCUUUCUUUCUUUCUUCUUUCCUUUCCUAUUUACUGUCUUCAUUCUUUCUUCUUUCUUUCUUUUCUUCUUUCUUUCAUUCUUUCUUCUUUUCUUUAUUUACUUGUAUCUUUUCUUUCCUCUCUCUCUUUCUUUCUUUCUUCCUUCUUUUCUUUCUUCUUUUAUGUCUUCCUUCCUUCUUUCUUUCUUUCACUCUCUCUUUAAUUCUCUUUCUAUCUAUCUAUCUAUCUAUCUAUCUAUCUAUCUAUCUAUCUAUCUAUCUAUCACAGUCUCUUCAGUAUCUAUUUAUCUAUCCUAGUCUCUUCAAUAUCUAUCUAUCUAUCUAUCUAUCUAUCUAUCUAUCUAUAUCGUUUGAAUUUUUCUUCCUAAUUAACUUCCCGCAUACUUUCUUUUUUCUUCCUUUUUCUUUUUUCAUCUUUUCUCCUUUCUUUUUUCUUUCUUUUUUCUUCCUUUUUCUUUUUUCAUCUUUUUUCCUUUUUUCUUCUUUCUUCUUUCUUUUCUCCUUUCUUUUUUCUUUCUUUUUUUCUUCCUUUUUCAUCUUUUUUUCCUUUUUUCUUCUUGCUUCUUUCUUUUCUCCUUUCUUUUUUCUUUCUUUUUUUCUUCCUUUUUCUUUUUUCAUCUUUUUUCUUCUUUUUUUUCCUUUUUUUCUUCUUUCUUCUUUCUUUUCUCCUUUCUUUUAUUCUCUCUUUUUCUUCUUCUUAGUAUCUUUUUUUCUUUCUGGAAUUUCUUAA